AUGGUUACCCAAAAGGCCAGCCCGGCUGCUACAGGCUUCAUGGGACUUAGCGAAUCCCAGAAUCGUCUCAUGCUUCUCGCCACUCUCUGCGAGUCCACCGGUCACGUCGACUAUGAGGAGCUCGCUACCUUGGCCGGCAUUACGAAGGCCAGCGCUCGCACCAUGUACCCAAAGGCUAGGAAGAAGCUUGCUGCGUUCCACGCCGCUACCAUUUCUGCUGCUAGCGCUAAUAGUACUAUUGGUGCCGCCCCCGAUGCCCCCAUCCUGGCCAAGAAGUCCGCCGCGCCGCGCCGAUACAAGAAGCGUAUGGCUGCCAAUGAGACUGCUGCUGAUGAGGACCUGCCCGACACACAGUAUGACGCCGACAACGCUGAGCCCGGCGAGGCAUAA